AUGCCCCGCCCACCCCGUGUCGCCUCUGGCGCAGGCUCGGAGCAUCUCCAGCCCGAAGGGGCCCGACGCCCUCUGUUUGGCACCUGGUAUCCGGUUUGCAGGGGGUGCACGUUGGAUGGAAAAGCUGAGAAGAGCUGCGACAUCAUGGAGAGCCAAAAUGGAGAAAGGGAAAGUUUUUCCUUCGCGGCCCCUCCCUGCCCUCUCGGUUUUAAGUCAACACACCGCUCCCAGCAAUUACCUCCUGAGAGAGACGGGCGGGUCCCCCUCCACCCGGACCCCGGCCAAGCCGAUGCUGCAGCACUGACACAGCAUCUCGGUCCGGGAGCUCAGAGGCUGCGACUCUCCUUGGGGGAUUCUCAUGGGAAGGGCCUGUCGCAGGAAAAGACCCCCGAGGCUGGCUCCCGCGAGCGUGGGGAAGCCAGGCAGCUUAGGGCGAGAACAGCCUUUUCUCCAGCUCUGCCCCAGCCCGGGGGUCAGCCCCAGGCACCCAGCGAUGGGAAGGACGCCGCACUUGAACUCAGAAAACCGGGUUCAAGGCAGCAGUCCAGUCCCUUCAAGCGGAGUGCCUUUAUGCCCAAAGUUCUUGACCUCUUUGAACUUCAAAUUAUCCUCGUUAAAUUGAGGGAUGAUAAUAAUAAUACGCUACCUCGGGGGUAGCUGGGAGGAUGAGAUGAGGAAAACAAAACAGCUGUAUCUAGCUGACUGAACAGAACUUUCCAAAGGACAAUUAAGUCACGUCCAGGUCGUUCAUUCAAUAUUUGCUGAGGCCUCUUACCUGACAGGCAGAAAAAUUUGUGAGGCAGACAAAUUUGUUGAAAAAAGCUCAAAAACCUGCCAACUGAGGACUCUGAAUCGGGAUCAUGGGCUGGGUCACAGGCCUCGAUUUAUUACACUUACUAUAUUUAAAUCUUACCCGGUGAUGGAAUUCAACAUGUAUAAUAACUUAGAUGCCCUUUAUUCUGACGCGGAGAACAUUCUAAGAAGCAAGGCAGGUGGGGAAGAGUCUGAUCCUUACACCCCAGUGUCCCACACGGGACGACGAUGAUCCUCGACAAUAGUACUUGAACCUCCACCAUCCCCAUUUGUCUGCCCUCCAAACAGCUUUUUCCUGAGUCCUCAAUUCUCAAGUCUAGGAAUGUACGGUGUGAGUCUAGAGACAGCUUGAAGUCAGAGGAGAAGUGAAAUCAAUUUGCCUUCUUCCUAUACCCUAAAAGAAAUUUGACUCCAUACAGCUUCAUGCCUUUUUAGUCUACUUAGCUCUCUUAAGCAGUGAGGUUGGUAAUCUUAGGAUUCUUUAUUUGAGGGGAAAAGGUGAUUAAUUCAUUCUUUCUAUACCCACAGCUGUCUCAGAUAUGGACUUCAGGAAAGUAACUGUCUAGGAUGAUUCCUACAAUCUAUGAUUUCCAAAAUUAUGAGCUGAGGACAUAUACUGUGGCAUAGCAAUCAACUGUUAAGGUCAAAAGGCGCUUCUGAGUUCCCUACUAAGAACUGAGAAUUGAGCCUGGUGGCUUGAUAGCAGAAGCACCCUCCACUGAGCUGUCCAAGCAGGAGCCUCAGAGUCAUUGUCGACUUUGUCUCCCUCCUGUGGCCCCCACGUAGCAGAAACCACUAAGUGCGCUCCACGCCACUCUAGUUUUAAUCUCUUGAAUCUGAUGACUUCUGUCCUCUGUUUGACUCCAUUAUCUCCAUUUAGAGGCUAAACCACAAACAUCCUGGAUUACUGCAAUAGUGGUCUAACUGAAGUUGUCUUGCUUCCAGUCUUGCCUCUUACUCCUUUCUCACCAGCUUUUCAAUUUUUCCACAAGCCCUUUCGGAAAGGUCAAGUCAAGCUUCUUCAUUAAAACCCAUUAAUGACUUCCCGGUUGUCCUCCAAGUAAUGUUCAAAGUCCUUAAUGUGGCACGAAGGCCUUUUACGAUCUGGCCUUGUUUUGCCUCUCUGGUCUCCGUUUCUUGCCAC